AGGAACUUUUGGACGUGGGACCGUGUGAGAGGUGCGCGGGUGCGGGGGGACGGGGAAGGCAGCAGCACCGUCGGGCGCCGCCGCCGCCGCCAUGAGCUUCGAGUGGCCCUGGCAGUACAACUUCCCGCCGUUCUACACACUACAGCCAAAUGUAAGCACACAGCGCAGGCAGCUGGCAGCAUGGUGUUCACUGGUGCUUUCCUAUCUACGCUAUCACAAGCUUUACACCAUCGAUGUAUUGGAGUCCCAGGAAAGCCCACUGUUCAACAACAAGAAGAUUCAAAGAAAGUUUCCCGUUGAAGCUAUUCAAGUUGUAUUAGAAGAACUCCGGAAGAAAGGAAACUUAGAGUGGAUUGAUAAAAAUAAAACUCGCUGUCUCAUAAUGUGGAGGAGACCAGAAGAAUGGGGGAAACUGGUGUAUCAGUGGGUUUCAAAGAAUGGUUUGACAAACUCAGUAUUUACAUUUUAUGAACUCUCCAAUGGUGAUGACACUGAAGGUGAAGAGUUCCAUGGUUUGGAAGAAUGGCUUCUACUGCGGGCACUGCAGACUCUACAGUCUGAGCGAAAGGCAGAGAUUAUCACCCUUGCUGACAGUAAAGGGGUCAAGUUCUUCUGAUGCCAUCCAUGCUGGUCUAGGCAGCUGCUGGAGACUCGUACGAAAAUCAAAAGCAUUAUUAAUGAAAAUGAAUUCAAGUCCCUGAAGGAAAGUAUGUUGAACUUCAGAUCUCCAGCUAUCACUGUUACACUGUUGACUUGAUUGUAACGCACAGCCUGGCUGCCUGCAACUGCAGUCUCCUUCUAAUUCUUCAUCUCGGCUUAAAGCAAUUAUUGCUUCGAGUACUGAAUAUAACAUUACCAAUUGUUUGUACUGUUACUCUGUGUUGCAGAGAAAGAAAGACUCAAAAGGCAGAAGGUUUGCACAUAGCCAGCCGGUACAGACUCAGAGUUAAGUGGUUAGAAAAGGGUCUACAGCAUAUUGCAUAUCCACAAUAAUGUUAUUUACUUCCUUUUAAUUAUGAUUCUGUUGGCUUACAAUUCAAAUUAAAUUGAUAACAUGUGGGGAGAGGACUCUCUUGGUUUAACUCCAAAAUGCAUGUUCAGAGAUUAGUUUGCCAAUUUCUCCAUUAGUCCUCAGAUCUUUCUUCUGAAUGCACUGUUCUUAUUUUCUGCCGUUGUCUUAAAGCAAUAGACAGUGGGGAACCCCGCUGUCAAUACUGGGAACUCUAUUUGCUGUUGCCACAUUAAAGAGUUCAUUAGUCAGAAUAAAGGGCAAACAUUCUAUGAAUGUGAAAUAUCAACACCUCUGGCAAGGGAACACAAACCUCAUGAAAAUACUAAGUGUAAAGUUAAAAUUAAUAGUGCUAGGAUUUUCAGUUUCCAUCUUGGGUCCAGUUCCUACUCAAAUUCAAUAGAGCUAGAAUUUUUCAGGUCGCUAGAAUACUACAAAUAUCAAAAUAGAUUAUGACUAUUGUCGAAGAUAGACACAAAAAGCUGGAGUAACUCAGUGGGUCAGGCAGCAUCUCUGGAGAAAAGAUGACAUUUCAGAUUGAGAUCCUUCUUCUGACUAUUGUCCUCAGAAAUCAAUUUCAAUUCUCAGUUAUUUUAUGACGAGGCACACUGAUAGCUGUUUCUAAUAUCAGAGUUGCCGCUCCAUCUUUUAGAAUCAAUGAACUUUAAUCUUUGUUUUCAUUUAAAAUCAGUACUGAGAUAAUUACUGAGUUGAUCUUUUCCUUAUCCUGCUGUCAGUUAAAUUUAUAGUAAAAAUAUUUUGCGUUUGUUUGUACCUUUUAGUAGGUCAGACUUUAAUCUCUUUUGGUUGGGGAGAUUUGUUUAUUCGGCCUUGGAAUAUAGAUAUAGCUGACGAGGCCAGCAUUCAUUGCCCUUGUGAAGUUGCUGGUGAGUUCCCUUCUGAAUUUUUGCAGUCCUUGUGAGUAAAAGUCCUGACCCGUUGCUGUUGGCGACGGAGUUUCAGAAUUUUGACCCAGCGACGAAGAGGAAUUGAGAUAAAUUUCCAGGUCAGGGUGGAGGGUGCCCACGGGUUUAGCUCGCAGGUGGUGAUGUCUUUCUGGGUGACAGUAGUACAGGCUUGGGAAGGUGCCGUCAGUGAAGCUUUGCCUUUUAUUUCAAUGAAAGCUUUUUGACAUGAUGACAAAGAGUUAGAAAUAUGUAAUAAUUAGAGCUCAAUAGAAAGUAUGUCAGUUUGUUAUAGUUCACAGAAAUGAAUCAGCAAUUCUGAAUAAUUCAAAAUGAUUAAAAUAAUAUUGGAAUUUUGUUUCAAGUACUUUUUUUUCUUCCUGUAAACUCCUUCUACCUGCUUAAGGGCUUUGUUAUAUUGCACUUCUGGUUUCGUUAUUUUAAAGUUAUUUUGAAAUAAACCGUUUGUUCCUCUA